GAUGGUUCAGGCAGGUUAUGGAAAACUCUGGAAGUUUCUGCGCGGUUUAUAAAGAAAAUCUCGAGGGCGCAACGCUCUAAGUUGGGACAGACGACGAAUUGAGGACGUGCCACCGAAGUUCAUUAACAGCCAUUUCCGAACAGUUUUAACAUCAACUGAAGAGGCAACUGAAUGGUCGAAAUGGGUAAAGACUAUUACGACAUUUUGGGAAUUAAGAGAGGAGCGUCGGAGGACGAUAUAAAGAAAGCUUAUCGUAAGCAGGCUCUGCGCUAUCAUCCCGACAAAAACAAGUCACCGGGAGCCGAAGACAAAUUCAAAGAAAUCGCUGAAGCUUACGACGUUUUGAGCGACCCAAAGAAAAAGGACAUAUACGAUCGUUACGGUGAAGAAGGUCUGAAAGGCGGAGGCCCCUCUGGUGGUGGUGGUGGUGGUCCUGGCACCUUCAGCUACACUUUUCAGGGUGACCCUCAUGCCAUCUUUGAAGAGUUUUUCGGUGGACGUAACCCCUUUGGACAGUUCUUUGGUGCCCGCAAUGGAGGCAUGGAUGAGGACAUGGACACUGACGACCCUUUUGCUCGCUUUGGGAUGGGGGGCAGUGGAAUGGGCGGGUUCCCUCGCUCUUUCAGCUCUGGUAUGGGAGGAAUGGGCAGUCACAGUAGCGUUGUAAAGAAGCAGCAGGACCCCCCUGUGGUUCACGAUCUCCAGGUGACCCUGGAGGACGUUCUGUUGGGUUGCACAAAGAAAAUGAAGAUCUCUCGUAAAAGACUGAACCCCGACAGACAAACAGUGCACAUAGAAGAUAAAAUUUUGGAGGUGCAGAUAAAGAAGGGGUGGAAAGAGGGCACGAAAAUCACGUUUCCCAAAGAGGGGGACCAGACUCCCACAAACAUUCCAGCCGACAUAGUCUUUGUGUUGAAGGACAAGCCACACCCGAUAUUCAAACGUGCGGGCUCUGACAUCGUUUACCCAGCCAAGAUCUCACUCAGAGAUGCCUUGUGUGGCUGCACAGUCAACACACCCACCCUGGAAGGCAAAACAGUGACUGUCUCAACAACAGAUAUCGUGCAGCCAGGGAUGAAGCGACGUAUUAGCGGCGAGGGACUGCCUUAUCCAAAACGUCCUGAUCGUCGAGGUGACCUGAUUGUGGAGUUUGAGGUCAAGUUCCCAGAAAGGCUCAGCCAGAGCGCCCGGGACACUAUCGCUCAGGUCCUUCCGCGAUCUUAAACAAGAUCAAGAGACCUCUUGGACUUCACAGUUGUCCCACCAAGCUGCCAAGUUUUUUGUUUUUUUUUAAUCAAUCAUGACAUUGACAUUCAUGUGGAGUUAUAAAUCACAACAGACGAUAAAGGACAGAUUCAUUGGAUGGGAUGGGAUUGUGACCACAAUGUAAAAACCACCUUGGGAAAAUGCUUGUCAUGAACGACUGCAGCUUUUAACAGGCUAGAAUGUAAAUAUGAACAACAUUGUUUGGGGUUUGGUUUACUGAAUAAGAUUAUAUUUUAAUGAAAAUAAAUAAUAUGUAUGA